UGUGUUAUUCAACAAAAGAAAGACAAGACUGAUACUCCUUGGCACGCAGCCGCCAUGGGGCAAAGCUGCUGCUUUGGAAGGGAGAAGGAAGAGAUACCCGAUGUUCAAGCCGUCUGCAAUGGUGGCGCUUUGACCGCAGAUGCCACCGAUUGCCAGGGCUUGCCACGCGAAGUGGGCAACAGCACCGCGGUGACGCUCAACGAUGUGAGCAAGAAUGUGAGCAUUACUCAGAACUUGCCGCGCGACACCUCUGAGAUGGCGCAGUGUGCAGAUGUGAACCCCGACUAUGCAGCUGCAGAUGGUUCUUUGGAGAGGACUCUACAGCAGGCCACUGCCGUGCCAACACGCGGAAGCUCGGAGGUGAUCUCUUCCAAGCAUCCUGCAACACCAGCCCCAGCUCCCAAGCCGCAGCCAAAAGCAAGACCAGCAGAUGAGCAGGCGAAGCAAGCCCAGGCGGCAGCGCGGAAGAGGAUCGCGGCGCAGUUCAAGACUCUGGCGGAUGCGGACAAAACCGCAGACCCUUCCAGCGCGGUGCCCAAGUGGCGGAAAGGCGGCGCGGUAUCGGACAGCACGGCGGGCGGCGGAAAGGAUUUUGCGGGUGAUUUCCGGACGAUGCCGGCUGCGGCGUGGGAGUGUCUCUAUGCUGGCUUUCAGUCGGUGCCGACACAGGAUUUGGUGCACGACGAGACAUUGACCGGCCCGUGUGGAGAGGUGAAUGCCGGCUACUCUGGAGAGGUCACCACCAAGUGCUUGCUUGGCCAGUUGGUGUUUGAUGGAAACUCUUGCCAGCCAAAGCCUUGCAAGGCAAAACGGGGGGCAGAAGAUUUUCAAGAAAGCCCCGCGAAGAGGACGAAGGUGCAGAAGCCUAGCAGAGCAGAGGCGCAGCUCGACUUCAUCCGCAAACUCAUUUUUUUGCGGCAAGUGCGCGAGGAGCUUCUGCUGCGCUUGCCGGCGCAAGAGUCGAGUUUGUCAGACGGCGAGGCAUGGCUUGUCGUAGCGCAUGCCGAAGGCUUUCAACACCUGGUGGCCGAAGAUGAUGAAGAUGGUGGCUUCUUCGAGUGCGUGUACACGCAGGAGUACCACGAGCUCCUCCACGGCAGCAGCUCGCGGGGGUUUGAGGCGUGGGUCGAGCUGGUGUGGCCAGCCGGGUGCGGUUACUGACGUCCUCAGUGUGGAGGAACUCAUGCCAUGGUUUGUGGCUUGCUUUCCCAUGACCUUCAGAGAUGCCAGGAGACGAUGAGACGACCAGUGUGUUACAUCUUUCGACCCCACCACUGUAGUCAAGCAUAGGGGGAAUAAACGUGAAACUGCCAGAGCUGGCUCAGAAAUGUUCAGAAGAUUUGCCUCUAUUUGAAGUGGUUGCCAGUUUUUCUGUUGGCUUUGGCAGGGCUAUGAUCCUCGUUUUAUGUGGGGACACAUUUCGAUCAUCCCGAAUCCCGAGGUCCUGAAUGUUGCAGAAUCUGCACCAUCGACACCCAAUUCAUCUCAAUUGUCGUUGUGGGCCAAAAGGCAAGCUGUCAGAGGAAUCUUGGAACAAUUCCUGUGUUUGUUGGGUCCGUUGGUGCAGGAGCAAAGCCAUGCCCACAAGUGACACUACCACAAAAUGGCGCACGCUUGCCCAAAAACGUCGUGUUGAUAGGGUAUCACAGACCUCGGGCAAGGUAUUGAUAGAUGCUAUUGCUUGUUCUUCCGGUGUUCCUUUUCUAGUUGAGGUGAGACCUGUAGGACAAGACCAAACGUGCUGCGACCCACUUGCAAGAACCAAGACAGCCCGUUUGCAAAGGGCGUCCGUUUGUACAUAAAGAAAUAUGUUGUCCAAGGUCCAAGGAAGGAGGGGAAGUUGCGCGAGCUCAGCUUCGAUUGGCGUCAGUGGAAACAUUUGUUGACGGGGUCUUUGUUCCCCGCGCGACCCAAGCCAGAAGAUCACCGCUAGAUUCGCGCAGCCUCACUUGGAACAUCUUGGAGCGACGCACUUCAUGAAUGGGGGAAGUUCUGGGUAACACGCCCGGAAGUCCCAUCGCUAUUGAAGGAGGAAAUCUAUGAACCCAGG